AUGGAUUCAGAACUCACUAACUGUCAGCCACCAAUUAAACUUCUUGCCCUCAAAUCUCCACCUACUUCUGGAGCCCUGGCCGAUAAUCUUCUCUAUAUUGCUGAAAAGUCCGGUGAAUUACUCUCCUUUAAUCUAAUCACCAAAAAGAAGCAAAGGCAUGCUAAAGAAAAGGUCGCUAUAACUGCCAUCAUUGCCAUCCAAGAUUUUGUCCUCUAUGGCACCCGCAAAGGCCAUAUUAAAGCUCUUAUUGAUAAUCGUAUUUGUCGAGUAGCUACCCGACAUACUUCCAGUAUUGUCCAUUUUGCCUUCUUUGAAACGCCCGAAGGCGAAAUAGAUCUAAUCACUGCCUCAGCUGAUAGUCGUAUUUACAUUUGGAAAGUCAUCCUUACUACUAAUUCUGAAAGUCCUACGCCUAGCACUACUACAACUCCCAGUCGUACUCUUUCUCUUGUCUUUAUUAAAGGACUUUACGGUCCAGAUACACCCAUUACGUCCGCAUCACUAGCUAAUCCACCCACUCUCUUUCUCUGUACGGCCGCUCUCUCUGAUACAGUCCGGGCUUUCCGUCUGGAGAAAGAGACGCAACUUCUCUUCAAACUCCCUCAUUCAGACCAGGCCCUACUUACUCUUUUCCUCUCAGCUAAUACUUUUGCCGUUGUUUCAGCUAGUAAUACUCUCUAUCUUUUCAAUACUGAUCAAGUCACUCCCCUUCAUAAACUCAAAGCCAGUGCUUUCCUUCCCACUACUGAGGCCACUCCAGUUCUGCUUAAGUCCUACCACCCCAGUACUAACCCAAGCACGACAAGCACUAAUUCCACCCACUUUAUCCUUGGUUUCUCUACCGGCCAUCUCUUUGCCCUCACCACCACCACCAACCACAAACUCAAAAUCACCGGCCAGUACCAGCACCACGCCAUCCCCAACGACCUCCUCCAAGUCCAAGAAACCGCCACUCAAACCCCCACCAACACCAACUCCAAUCUCUACCUUCUUUCCGGCAAAGAAGAAAGACACCAACGUUUCAUCAUCAACAAAACCUUCACUAAUUCUGUCGACCAAUUCAGCCCCCACCAAUUCACUUCCCACCAACUCAAUACUAAAUAG